UAGUGGGGAGUGAGGGAAGACCUCGUCCUGGUGCCUCAGUGCCAACACCAAGAUCUUUGCUCUGCGUGACCGCAACUCGGAAUUUGCUCCCCCCCAAAAAUCCGAUCAGAUAUUUCACCGAUAAUAUUGUGAGAAGGAACCCCCAGGCGAGAGAUCUUCAAAACAUUAUUUUUUUAAUUUGACAGAUUUACAGUAAAAAAAUAUAUAUUCAUUAAAAUUUCAAUUCGAACAGGCGUCCUUGUUACUAAAACAUAAUAAAUAUUGUUUGGAGUCGUUGCUAUUAAUACCGACCCUUGGCAAGUUCAGCAUAUCACUGCAAGAUCAGCAGAGACGACUGAGGUCAGGAAGCCUAGCAACCACAUCACAUUAACCUUCGGUGACCGUCAGGGGCAGCAAGAUGCCAGCCAUCGGGGUAGCCAAGAGUGCUGUCUUGUUCCAUCUUUUGAACUUCAAUUUGUUGAUGGACUUGGGAGCGCCACCCCCUGAGUCUGAUACAGUACCCUCCAACACCCUGGAAGAAAAGUGCUGGACGGUGUAUGGACAGACCACGUGCUUCUCACUGCGACCACCGUGGCUACACACCUCCAGACCAGUGGUCAAGCCUCCCAUGGCGCCAGACCAGAUCCGUACUCUGUUCACACUCUUCACAAGGCUCAACGAUACUGUUCCAGCGACGCUGGACCCUGGCGACCUGAGUUCCGUGGUGAAUGCUCCCUUCAUCCUAGACAAGCCCUUCACUGUCAUCUCUCAUGGCUACUCGUCGUACGGUGGUACCGCCUGGGUGAAGAUGUUGACAGGGGAGCUACUUCGAGCCAGCGACCAGAAUGUGAUAGUGGUGGACUGGAGCAUGGGGGCCAGACCACCAUACACACAGGCGGUGGCUAACAUCAGGCUAGUGGGAGCACAGCUAGCAUACCUCAUACACACUCUUAAUAAAUUUGCAGACGUUCCCAUCUCGUCCUUCCACCUGGUGGGUCACAGUCUUGGCUCUCACCUGAACGGCCACACGGGCACCUACCUCAGAGAUACCUAUGGACUCUUCCUGCCCAGGAUCACUGCUCUAGACCCGGCCGAGCCUUACUUCAACGACACCCACACUAUCACCCGCCUCGACCCCUCUGACGCACUUUUUGUCGACGUUAUCCACACGGAUGACUCACCCAUCCUGGGUUUUCCCCUCAGUGUAGGAAUGACCCAGCCAAUUGGUCACCUGGAUUUUUUUCCUAAUGGCGGUCAUCAGCAACCAGGAUGUGAUGGAAACAUCCAGUGUCAACAUCACCGCGCCAUCACACUCUUCACUGAGUCCAUCAGACAGUCCUGCCCCCUGUCGGCUGUAUCCUGCAACUCUUAUGAAGAAUUUAUUGAGGGCGAGUGUUGGGGUUGUGAUGGCGACCAUUACUGUUCUCCCAUGGGGGUGGCUGCUGCUCCUCUCCCACUCCAGCCUCUCACUAAGUUCUUCCUCCACACCAAUGACCACAGUCCAUACUGCGGUUACCACUACCGUGUCAGUGUGGAGGUGAACAACAACACAGAGGCCAGGCAACACGACGGAGAGUUUGCCAUCAUCUACCUCAGACUCACUGGCAACAAGGACAAGUCUCAGGCUAUACAACUCUCAGAGAAGUCACGUUACUACGAGGCAGGAACGGUACACCGUCGUGUUAUUCUGACCCAUGAUCUGGGUCACUUAAAGACGGUAGGAGUGACCUUGCAGUACCCUGGCUUUAUGUUCAACUUUAUGAUCUGGCGACUUAAGAACCCAGUGCUCCAUCUCAAGUCCAUCACCAUUGAACCCCUGGGACAAAAUGUUAAGUGGCGGUACUGCUUCGAGGACACUAUACAACGCAUGGGGCGAGAAUACAAACUGACCGACGAUCAUUACUGUUAAGUGCCGGGCUCUUGUUCCAGGCUGUCUUUAUGCUAGACCCCCGCGCUCUGGUUCCAAACUCUCUCUGCAUGUUGCGGUCACCCCAGCUUAGCCGGUCAGAAAGCGGUUAGUGUGCAGAAGCUUUAGCCUCGAGACAAGUUCAGAGCUUCAUCAAACACUACAGCAGAGCUCAUUUUGUGUGUUGGGGCCACCUGUGUUCACACUUUGUGAAGCAUUGUCUUAGACACACUCGAUGAUCGUGUAAUACACUAGAUGGUCUUGUAACCCAGUGGGUGAUCUUGCAACACACUGGAUAAUCUUGUGACACGCUCGGUAAUACACUGGAUGGUCUUGUAACCCAGUGGGUGAUCUUGCAACACACUGGAUAAUCUUGUGACACGCUCGGUAAUACACUGGGAAAUUUGCUAUAAACUAGUUGAUCUUGUAAAACAGUGGAUGAUCUUGUAACACAGUGGAUGAUCUUGUAACAGUGGAUGAUCUUGUAACGAGUGAUAUCGUGACAACAACGGGUAAUCUUUUAAUACGCUAGGUAACCUCGUAACACUGUACGAACUUUUAAGACACUGGGGCCAUGUAUGAGGAAUUUAAACCUUGCAGAACAAUUGCAGUUAGGCUCCAGACAGAUCUUCGAGGACUGUCUCAUACGUGUUACCAAACGACGUUUGCAAACAUGUCAAAUCCUUUAUUAUCACCUAGACAUUCCAAAUUAAAAAAAUUUAACUUUAGUGGCAAGCAGCAUGAAUGAAAAACAAUAUGCCAUGUAGUUGCUAUUAUGAAAACUAUAUUUUUUCGCAAAAACAAUGUAGAGAUUAGUGAAUAGCAUCAUGGAACAGAUAGUUUGAUUUGAAGAUGUAUAAUACAUUACUUUUCAUUUUGGCUUGUGAGGAACUGUAAUACAUAACUAAAUGUAUUAACAAUUUCAUAAGAUACAAAUGUUCAAAUUAAAAUAUGUUGGUUGUAUUUUAAUUCCCAUUUUCUCUUCCUGAGAGUACACACUAGAAAGUCUAGUGAUGCUGUCCAUUCAUUGGCACUUUCCAGUGUUAACAUCCAUGUAUGUACAUAACAGUUAUUAUUAGUACUAUUGUUAUUGUUAUUAUUAUUAUACAUUAAAUAUACAUCACGCGUAGCUAAAAGUAACAGAACUCUUGCAUUAAAAAAAAUAUAUUAAUGAAUGUUUAAUGUAAGAGCUGUAAUGUUGCUAAUAAAAUGUUUGCAAAUAGAUGGGUAACGACCUUACUGUUAGCGGAAGUAAAUAGACACGUUUGUUGUCUGAAUAUAUAUAUAUAUAUAUAUAUAUAUAUAUAUAUAUAUAUAUAUAUAUAUAUAUAUAUAUAUAUUUAUAUAUAUAUAUGUCGUGCCGAAUAUGUAAAACUGGUCAAUCAGCAAGAACUCAUUUAAAAUUAAGUCCUUUCUAAAAUUUUCUCUUGUACGUUUAAAGAUAUAUUUUUUUCAUCAAUGUUAAUGUAAAAAAAUUUAAUUUUGCACCAAAAGAAUCUUAGAAAACUUACCUAACCUUAUUAUAACAAGAAAAAUUUAUUUUAGCCUAACCCAGCUAAAUAUAUUUUAGAAUUGUUUGCAAUAAUUUAAUACUAAGCAAACACAGUGAAAUAUAUUUUUUUCGUUAGGUUCAGAAUGAUUUUGGCGAAAUUAUUGCAUACACAAAUUUUCACUUGUCCUAUAUGGCAAGAUGAGCGUUGCUAUUUAAGCCAAGAUCGCAAGUUCUGCCUAUUCGGCACGACAUAUAUAUAUAUAUAUUAUAUAUAUAUAUAUAUAUAUAUAUAUAUAUAUAUAUAUGCAAAACAACCACUCUGAAAGAAUAGAGAAAUUCCAAGCGCUUUCGUGACUACUCACAUUAUCAAGGAACUAUGAAAGUAAAGCAUCCAAGGAAGCUAUAUAAGGGGUCUGGCCGGCACCUCACUAUCAGAUCCCACAACGGUUUAAACACCUGACGCGCGCCGACCCAACUUGGAUAGGUCCUUGGCACAACUCACCCCACAAACUAUUCUACCCAAGAAAUAAGAAAUUUUAACGAUUAUU